CUUCAGGAGGCAACAUUCGUACAUUGAAUUUUCAGUUGCGUUCUUUCUUUCGGUUUAAUUAGACGUUUCGUUUGUGUUUGCUACAUUCGUUCGCGCGUCCGCAUGUUCUUAAUAUACAUAUAUACACAUAAUUGUAGAGAUAUGUAGUAGCAAUCGCAUAUAUACAUCACACUAUAUAAAAUCGUAUGUACGUCGCGUUUUUUUUUUGUUUUUUGUGUUUGAUUUGAAUACAUUGUUCGCGAAUCAUUAAAGUAGAAUUUUUGAAAAUUUCUUAUGUUUUUAUGUCGUUCGAGUUUUAUUAUUGCUCCUGUAAAUGUCUUUGUUUUUAUGAUUGCCCAAAAUUUUAUUGCUUGGCAAUUUUGAAUUUCAUCUCUUGAAUGAUGCCGCUGGCUGGCGGCUAAAAGUGCGCCUAGUGUCGCUCAAAUCACACCAAUUAAUAUACUAUGUAUGAAUGAAACCAACGUGAAAAGCGCGUGGAAAGUGUUGGAAAAAAUUAAAAAAUAAAACAACAAAAAUUUGUGAAAAAAAAAGAAAAUCGAAAAAUUAACUUUUAUAAAAAUAACACAGCUGCAGCAAUAGUCGCUGGACUCAACGUCGCACAAGUGAAAUACAAAUUUCGUAAAUACAUACACAUACUUGUAUGUUUGUGUGUAAGUUUGUGUAAAGAAAAUAUAAAAAUUAAUUCCGCUUUUAAAUUAUCAGCGGGCAAGUAAGAAAAAUACCAAAAAACAACAAAUAUAAGCUCGGUGCUCAGCAAGUGACAAGAAGAAUUGAAAACUGAUGCUUUCUUGACCUCCCCUUUUGCUGAGCACGCUAUAGUGCAUGUGUGUAUGUGUGUACGAGUUGGGAGCGUAUGAUGGAUAGACAAAUGGUUGAACGUUUGGAUGCUGUGCGAUAGCAAGGGCACGUACAUAGCUACAUACAUACAUACAUUCAUAUGUAUCUAAAGGGGUUGCUAAAUUUAGUUUUUUUAUAUGAAAUUAAUCACAACAACACUGUCAGCAUUUAGUGCUACUGAAUUAUAAAAUGCUGUGGUUUUUCAAAAUGUGAUUUUAAGAAGUUGCAAAAUCGGCAUAAUUUUUAUUACGCAGCCACUCUACGCGAUUGCUGAUUUCUUUAAUGCAUAUAUACUAUACUUAUGUACGUAUGUAUGUAUAUAAUAUAGUUCUUGUAUUGACACUUGACGCGAUUUUGUAAACAUCAUUGCACAUGUAGUUAUGUGUAUGUAAAUUUAUAUAUGUAUGUACAUAUGUGCUUUUGCAUUUAUUCGCUCAUAUCAUUUAUUGUUUUCUUAUUCAUUUAAUAAAUAUUAAUGCUAAAUAUAUGCAUUUAUUAUUGCAAGUUGACGAUACCCUUCACAGGUGCAUUUCUUAUAGCACUAAAGUGUAUAUAAAAAUCUUUAAUUUGAUUUUGAUCGGUCAGUUUGUAUGGCAACUAUAUGUUAUAAACUAGCAAUAUGUGUAGCCAUUAAUAAACUUUUUGUUUUUACAUAUACAUUCUUAUAUAAUAAAAAUUAUUGAAAUUUCUUUUUUGGCAGAUAUUGAUUGAUACCACUUGUUGAUUUUUUUAGUGUAUUAAUAUGUAUUCAAUUAUAUAAACUCACUCAAUAUUCCAAAAAAAAUUUUUUUUUGGUGUUUUUCUGCCAUUUUUGACUUAAAUAAUGGUUUAUUGCGAUUUCGAAUGACAUCCCCUAAAAUGCUUAUUUGUUAACCAUGCCACUACAAUUUUUUGCUGUCAGUCCCCAAAUGACAGUUCUUAGUUGUUAUUAUAACAGUAAAAUCUCAAAACGACUUGUUCUAAAGCGUCAUACAUUUUCGAUCUUUAGUUGAUUAUCAAUCCAAGUAGUUUAAAGUAAAAAAGUUCUUAGCAUUUUAAGAUCUCUAUGUAUAUCUGUAUAACUCAAAAUUCCAUUAAUUUCCUGUAUCUCCCUCUAUCGCAUAGUGCCUUAAUGUCUCAAAGUUGGUUAAGUAAAAUUCAAAUAUACAUCACGCUUUUAUUUAUACCCAAUUUUUGAUUGAAUCGUAUGUGUUUCUAUUCGUAAUCAUGUUAACGUCACUUCAGGGAACUGAAGUUCGGAGUUCAUGCAUUUCUUUGAUAAUUUAAAUUGUUUAUAAGAGAUUGACUGAUAAUAUGUAUUAUGAAUAAAUAUUCCAGAGAUGCUAUGAAUACUUGUAGUACAAAUAAAUAUAUUUUAACAUACAAAGUAUUUUCUACUUAUAAAACACUUAAUAAACGAAAAUGUAUUAUUGAUUCGAUGAUAAUCAAAGGUGUUUAACAAUAAUAUUGUCUAUUUUUCCCAUUGAGCUUUAAUAAUUCUUGUACAGAGACGCUUUAAUCUUAAAUUAAGAGUAUUCGGAUUUCAGUCGUUUAGUAUUCGCAAAAAAGCUUCUAAUACUCCCUCAAUUGAAGGAUUAAAAUCCAAUUAGAGGGUUGACAACGCUUCAGAAGGCGCUCAUGUUGUUAAAAAAAAACUCAAAGAGAAAUUUUCGGUCUCGAUACGGUCUCGUAGGCCAGUUAAAGCAUCGAGCAACCGAUUUUCACUUGUAAAGUCUCUUCAGGAUUUAAUAUAAUAUAUAUUGAGCCAGAAAACGCCGAAGACCCUAUAAAAAUAUAUAUAUAAAUGAUUAGCAUGACGUGCUGCUUCGAUUUAGCCACGUUCGUCUGUUUGUCUGUAUAUACGCGAACUAGUUCUUUAGUUUUUGAGAUAUCGAUCUGAAAUUUUGCACAUGUCCUUUUCUCCCCAAGACACUUGUCGAAACCGCUGUUAUCGGACUACUAUAGCAUAUAGCUGUCGUACAAACUGAUCGAUCAAUUCCAAGUUUUUGUAUGGAAAACUAUUUUAUUUGACGAGAUAUCUACACGAAAUUUGACAUAGUAACGGUACAAUAGUCGAAAAAUUUUUUUUAGCAUACACCUAGCUGUCAUACAAACUGACCGAUCAAAAUCAAGUUAUGGAAAACUUUUUUAUUUGACGAGAUAUCUUCAUUUCGACACUGAUUAAUGUUUAAGGUAACGGUACAAUCUUCGAAAAAAUUGUUCAGAUCGCACUAAUAUAGCAUAUAGUUGACAUAUAAUUAACUGAGCGCCUGUAAUUGUGAAGGGUAUUAUAACUUCAGUGCAAUCGAAAUCAAUGUUUCUUGUUUUUUUUUUUUGUUUUUACACAUUUUCUUUAUUCACUAAUUUUUUAAUCAUUUAUCAUGCUACUUUUCCGCGUAUCCCUGCAUUCCCUUAUAAAUACUCAUUCUGCGGUUGUAAUUUAUUUCAAUUAAAUUUGAUUAACGUAUCGGCCAGACUUUAAAGAGUGAAGAAAGUAAAGCAAAAAAGUGAAGUCAAGUAAAUUUAAAAAAAACUAAAGUUACAUAUGUACAUACAAUGGUAUCUGCAUAAAUAUGUAUUAUAUUUACAUUUCUGCACACACACAUAGUUGCUAUGUAUAAAAAUGUUUAUGUUAGUAAAAAAUGAGAGUACUAGUUAGCGGAGCAAUAACAGAGCAAAGUGCCAACAGCAGCCACUGCACAUGCUCAAAGCGUCGCCCGAGGGCAGACAGCCCCUUAUUGAGCUACUGAACUCUGGGUGAAUGCUGGUUGUGUUUAUAUACAUAUUUAGUUUUUCACUGCUGUUACUCUUAUAUACUGCGCUUACAAAAAUUUCUGUGUAGAAUGUAGUCAAAAGGAAACUCUCAAAGUUAUGAAAAUUUACAUAUUGCAUGCUGAACACAUACAUAUAUACAAGGAAAAUAUUUUGUAAACAAAGCGUUUAUUUAAACAAAUUACUACAUAUACAUAUAUGUAUGUAUAAUAUGUAUGUAUGUAUGUAUGUAUGUAUGUAAUUAUGUGAGCAAACAGCGGCACAUGCCUGCAUUUGUCGAACUACGAAUAAUAUUUGAAGGCCAUAAUUUUCUUUAUAAAGAAAUGAGAGCAUCGCCGCCACCGCCGCAUCCUGGCUGGUCCAACGUCACACAUACAUGUGUACAUAUGUAUAUACACACCAAUAUUCGAUUGCCUUUAUGAUAUUUUUUUUUGCAGUUCCUCAAUCUUCAAUACUUUUAGUUUAUAUUAUGGCUUUGUUCUUUUUUUCCGCUGUACUCUUUGUCUUUGUAUUACUUAUUAUUUGCCUUUUGUUUUGUUUGUGUUGUUGUACCUUUUAAAUGUAUCUUUUAGUUAGCAAAGGUUAGCUUAGCUGUGUUCAACGUUUGCUCCUUGAAAUUUGCUUGGCACAAAUAUGUUUUUCAUCUCAUCUUACUUGUUGUUGUUUGCUUCUUUAGCGCUUUGUUGUUGUUGCAUGCAUUUGUGUUGUUUUGCGUAUGCGCUUGAACUUUUUUUAAUUGUUUUCCUCAUUUUUUCGACGCUUAGCUCUUUGUAUGUGUGUGUGUGCUACCUGCGCUUGAAAUCUGACCACAAAUAUAUUGUUUCUUUUGUAAACAACAACAAUACAUAUUUACAUAGCACUUCUGUACGUGACACCAAGAGAUGCACUUUUUUUUUUUUGAAGAGCUCGUGUGUGUUGUCAGGGGUGGUUAUUUUUGUAGAAAAGAAGACAAAAAUUAUAAUGAAAAUGCUAAUGAUUUGGUCAAGUAGUAAUUUCCUUCCGCUUUCCAUGUCACAUUCAUACAUUUAUACGUAGCUCUCUACCAUGGAACAUACACGGAAGUUAAGUAAUAUGCUUACAAGCCUAACUAUCUACCUAAGUACAAUAGUACAACUUAUGCAUAAUUUUAUAUAAAUUAUGUUUACUCGUACCUAUAAUUACAUAAGAAGUCUUGUAUGCGACAAGUGGACAGACUUUCUUUUGCCUUUUUUGACAAAAAAAAAAGAACGUGAGAAAGUUUUCUCUGUUGGGAAUUGUAAGUUUUAUUAUUUCAUAAUUAAUCCUUCUCAGUCUGACUAUUUGUAAAUGAAGCCGAUAUACAUAAAAUAUUAAAAACUCAAAACUUUAAAACUGUAAUCGAACACCUUCAGGUGUUGGCAAAACUUUAUAUUAAACUGUGCAAAGUGUUGUUCUGUUGAAUAUGAAAUGGAAAAUAAAAGAAUGAGCUUAAAGUUUGUUGAAUGAGAAGUAGACGUGACGUAUGUUUGUGUAAUCUCACACACCAAAUUUUGUUGAAAUCGCUCAAAUAGUUCCUGAGAUAUAGGAUUUCACCUAAAGUUGGGCGGUGCCACGCCCAUUGAUCAAUUUCUACAACAUAUGCUAUAAAGUCUUUUUGUACCACUCAAGCAAAUUUGAAAAUGUAGUUAUGAGAGAACCGCGUUCAAUGAAAAGCUGAUAGAGCUGCCUGAAUGCUGUAACUCAAAAACUAUUUGAGAUAUUGAUGUAAAAUUUUAGUAUGUUAUUUUUAAAGGUAUAACCUAUCGAAAUGCAUAUUAAAAAAUAAAACGAUUUUUUUUUUAAUUUUUCACUUUAUUUCACCCCUUAAACUCUGAAUUUAUCACUUUGAAUAAUGACUUCAUUAAGGACCUUUUUUGUAUGCCAAUAUGUUUAAAAUUUUCCAAACAUUUUUUAUUACUUUAUUAUAUGCCAUCUGUGCUUCGUAAGGUAGGCCCAAAAGUCCUGUUUCUCGUAUAAUCUCUUUCUGAGACCUCUUGCUUAAGCUUAUUUAGUCGCCUGCUCUAUACAAUUUCUCUAAAUAAAAUAUUACUUGCAAGCAGGCACUUUUGAGCUUUUAAAUAAUUGGCUGGAAGAAGUAGUAGAUGGAAAGUCGAUAAGAUAGGAAAUUUGUAGUUCAAUUAUUGAAUUUAAGGAGAUGAAUUUAUUGAAGGUUAUUUCUAUCUAUUGAAGAAAUUACUAAAAGAGCUUGAAAACGUUUCUACAUUCGUUACAUUAAUCGUUCCAACUCUAAUAUUUUUCAUUUUCCAAACUUUUUUGACGCGCAGAAUUGAAAUCGGACAUUUGACUAUUUAAAUUAUGACUAUAUAAAUUAUGUUUAUCUUAUCUUUUAUAAUGUAAUUAGUUCCACACUUCCUUCUAACAAAUACCGCCUCCAUUGCACAUUUAUAUUUGUUAUUAAAUUUUUGUUCUUCAUACAUCUAUAUAAAUAUAUAUCUAAGUAUUUUACUGUCUGUGAUUUAAUUUAAUAUUUGUGUGCGGUGACAAUACCCAAGUCAAGUCCAGUCAGUAAGCUGCAGUAGAGCUUAUGGAAUUUGUUGUCUGCUUCAACUUUCUUGCUCACUCUUUUGCCCACUUGCGAAUAUGAAUGUGCAAAUUCCAAGGAAAUUUGGGCAAUUACGAAUGUAUAUAAGAAUUUAAGUGCGUUAAAUGAGUAAAGUGAAAAUAAAGAGUGGAGACGUUACGGGGAACUGCCGCACAUUAUGAGUUCAUAAGUUUGAUUCGUUUAUUUAAUUAAAGAAUAACACUUUGAAAGAACUGAAGUAGUAAGAAUGAGUGCUAGGAAGUUGAAAUGCUUGUAUAAUAGAUACAUAUGCUUGAAAAUAAUAGUUUGAUCAUUCUGAUUAAGAAUGUUGUAGGGUAGGAGGUCUGCAAUAAUUAUCGCACAAAUUAUGUGGUCAUUGAAUCGGCAAAUGCAGACCUCAAAAAAAAAAUUCAUUCAAUAAUUCAUUGUCAUAAUGUAUGGUAUACGACUUGGCUGCCUUAGGUGUGAGACUUUGAUACGUUAGCUGCUUAAAUAUUUAGCAUUAAUUGAAUGAAACUGCAGUCUAUACACAAUUUAAUAUGCGUUUUUUCUAUUUCUUCAUUACAAAAAUGUUACAAUAUAUUUAUACCCUGAACAGGUGAUAUUAAGUUUCUCCUUCAGUUUUUUGAGAUACAGUUUUGAAAUUUUGCGCAGAUCCUUUUUUCCCCAAGAAGCUGCUAAUAUAUCGGAACUGUUGAUUUCGGGCCAGUAUAGCAUAUAGCUGUCACACAAACUGACCGAUCUAAAUCAAAUCCUUGUAUGGAAACUUUUUUAUUUGUCAAGAUACCUUCAGCCGUAAUUAACGUUUUUUCUUGUUUUUUCUCCUUUAUUAGAAAAAUGUCACAAUAGAUUUUCGAAUGAUUUAGAGACAUUUAAUUUCCGCAUAGAAAAGCCAACAAAACAAAUAAAUUUUCCAAUUGCUACGUCAAAUACAGCAUUUACAACUUAAAUCAAUACAAUUUAAUAGAUCAUUACGUUUACAACAAAACCACAUGUCCACAAUAAGACAACAACACCAUUAGCACUACAAAACUACCCAUCAGCGCGCUAAUUCACAGGCACAACAAUGCUUUGACAUUGUAUUCGAACAUUGCAAUUUGAAAUGCUUCACGGUUUACAUUAAAUUUUCACUGCUACUUCAAAUUCAGUUCAAACGCAAAUGGCGCACUUUGUUUGCGCAAUAAUACCAAAUUUGUAAAGUAGCCCCUAUUAAAUACGAUUAAUUCGCCCCUUCGCUUGCCGUUUCACAAGCAUUGAUUUUCAAAACGUAAUUAACUGCAUUUCGUCGCAAAAAUAAAUCACAACCAAAAAGGCAAAAACGAAAAAAUUACAUACAUAUAUAUAGACGAGUAUUUGAAAAAUACGAGCAAUUUUUAGCGCUUAAACGAAAAUAAAAACCAUUUAUGGUUAAACUACUGGCGGUAAAUAAUUAUACAUAGAUUCGUUACACUCAUACGCAAUUAAGUGGCUUCAAAACUUUUUUCACUAACGAAUCUGUAAUCGUUAGAGGAAUUCAAUAAUUGCUGUUACACCCACACAAUUGGCGCGCGGAAUGUAAUUGAGUUGAAAAUUUCGUGAUUUUAAUGAAAUGGAAAGUUUUUAACACAGUUCGAUUGUUGUUGUAGCACUUAAACGGCAAAGUUCACUUGUGUUUUAAUAUUGCGGCGUGCCAAGAAUGCAUUUAUUAAUGGAUAUGUUUUAUUUAAUGGGUAAAUAUUGAAAUUAAUGAAGCAAAAUAAUCGAUAUUUUGUAUUGAAAAUUUAAUACAUUUUUAAGUCAUUUUAAAAAAUAGAAGAAUUUUAUUUAAAUCACACAUUUCUGUGUUAAUACAGAAAUAAAUUUCUUUUUUCAAAAUUCAAGCAAAAUUGCCUAACUAUAUUAAAUAUAAUCAAGUGACUCUUUUCAUUUGAUCCCAGAUGGUCUCAUUGCUAGUUGAGUUAUGACAGAAAGCUGUGAAUACUCAGGAACUGUGAUGUGCGCAAAGCAGUCAAAACUCUGCGCUUAAACUUCUGUUACAUAAGGUUAAUAAAAAUAAAUUUAUUAAAACAGUUAGUAGUCACUUAGUGCCAAGUUCGGCCUAUAAGAUGGAUGCAUAAGGACCUCCCAACCGAGCUACCGGAUCUCCCAGUUUCGUCGAUUCCGUACUUAUAAUGUAAGAUGUCAAAGAUGUACCAUGUCCAAAAAUAUCGAUAAAAUAAUUGCAUUAUAAACAAUAAACCCUUUGUUACCAUUUAAAUAAGGCUGAAUAUAAAAAGAAGCUCGAUAUGUCGACCGGAUUUCCAACUGGCUCUAAAUGGCUUAAUUAAAAUUUUUGACCUAAAAUAGUUUCAUAGUUUUCUUUAAUAAAAUUCUUUGCACAACAUAAAAUGCGAUUAAAAUAACGGUAAUAUAUAUUUUCUUCACACAUAUAACCUAAAAGCAUUUCGUUAAACAUUUUGCACUUGAUUGCAAUUGGAAUUCGUUUAUUUAAAUAUUUUUAUUUCAUGCUCAACUUUAGUUUUUCACCUAGCUAUGUUCAACAACCCGCGCAGAUAAUCCGCUGCAUAUGGGCACCUAAUUUUUAUGCAAUUAUUUUUGUAAUUUUUGUUUUGUUUUUCUUUUUCCGCUUAUUUCAAGCGCCUAAUCAAUAUUUUUACACCUCAUAACAGUUUUCACAUUGAAGCAUACGGAAAAAUUUCUCGCAACCCCACACGCCUGCUUAUUUUCACUCGUUUUCCAACUUCAAUCGCUUGCAAGUUGUUUUACAAUAUCACAAAGCGCCAAGUGGGAGGCUUGAUUGCACCUAAUCUCGUUUGUAAUGCAUGCUCAUUACUAAAUUCGACGGCAUUGUUAUCAAUUUCCAAGUGACGCCGUUGCCGCGCCAAUUAACACCGCCGACAUUGCAUUGGCAAUUGAGCUUAAGCAGCAGGUGCAGCUAGUUCACUGAUAUUUUUAUUAUUGUUUGCAACAAAAUUUAACAUCUCAGGGUGCAACGCGCUAAUUACUCGUAUGCCAAGUGAAUAUUACACCUGUGCGCAAGAGCAACAACAAUAGCCUUGUUCAGUUGUAAAAUGGAAAACUGAAAAUCUCCAAUGUUUUGUUAACUUGUUCACACCUUCGCAGCUACUUAAUUAAACGCUUACCGCCAGUUGCUCCAGAGAUAACUGCAUUAAGUUGCGCUAACUUUGGUGCAAUUGCUGUUGUUGCCUGCACUGCGUCAACUUGUUGCAUGCGCCUAAUAAUUUUGUUAACAGCACAUAAGUAAAUUGCCAUAGAUCGAUAUGUGGCAUAAAUACAGUCAGGUGCAUACUAAUAGCAGUGCGAGUUGGGAUAGCAAUGAUAAUAGCGAUUUCAUUUAAAAUCCUGUUUUCAGAUUGAAAUAUAUGCUUGGCAUACAAUGGUGGACGGCCUAUAUAUAGAACUUAAGUGGUUAUAUCUAUUUUCAAGAAAAAGAAGGUGACUUUUUAAUUCAACUUUUUUUUUAAUAAAAAAAAAUAUAAAACAAAAUUUACAGAAUUUAAUAUACUUUAAAAAUUGCCGAUUUAUUUUGAGUAAUUUUGGAUUGCCUUAAUCCCCUGGCCAUUCUUCAGGAGGACCUCCGAAAAAGAGUAUUUGGCGGUUAAAAAAAUGUUUCUGCUUAAAGUUUUCUCAUAUAAAAAAAGUAUUAUUCUAGAAGAAUCAUUUUUCACAAAGUUUUCCCAAAAAAGUCACCAUCUUUUUUUCAUACCAAUAAAUUGUUUUUAAUUUUUCAUGAUUCAGGAAUGGAAAAAACCCAAUUCCUUAUUUUUCCCCUUAUACGAUCGAUCUUUGAUUUUUAAUGGCGAUUUUUAUAUUACUCUGUUCCAUCCAAUAAUUGUGGUAUACUAUAUAUAUUCGAGUCAGUUCCGUUAACGUAGGCUGUAUUGCGACCUCCGCAUUCCUAAAUAAUCACUGCUGUUUUUGUAAACAUAACUGUACGUACACAAAUGAGUUGCAGUUAGUCCUUUCGUCGUUGCCAUAGUUAUUUCAGCGAGUUGUCAAAACAAAAGCGCUACUUCAGUCGCUCGCAAGUAAUUCGACUUUUGCCUUCUAUUUUCGUUUUAUCCAUUUAAUCUCUUUAUUAAUUUUCACACUUUCGCAUUUAUCGGUUGUUUGUUGCUUGGCGUUAUGUGGUGAUUUGCAAUUUGUUACGUUGACGCUCGCAUUAAGUAGCGCAUUUCCCAGCGCCGUCAGACGUCAUCUUCGAAGCGUACGCGCUCGGCUGUGUAAAAUGAAAAGGGUUUGUCAGCGUGACGUCUUUUUGUUUAGAUAGCAGCGCGCUUAUCAGCAUAACCCGGAACGGACGUCGAUAAUAUGGAUAUAUAAACGCUACCAAUAUGAUUAAACAAAUUCAAAACCAAAGAAGACUGAACAAAAAAUAAAUAAAACAAAGAUAAAAUAAAUAGAGCACUGAUAAUGUAAAACGUAAAAAAAAACAAACAACAACAAUACAAUAUACUUAAAUCACACAAAAAAAAAAAAAAAAAAACUAAAAAAACGUAUACAAAUAUUUCAAAGAAGUAUACUACAAAUAUAAAACUCAAAAAUACUUGUGCCAUCUAUGGACUACAACAACGUAAUGUGCCAAAACGUAUUACAUAAAUACAAAACUACAACAACCAAAAAAGUAAAAAGUAACGAAACCAAAGAUCUUUAACCAAAAUUAGAAUAUAACACCAAAACGAACAAAAAAAAUUAAACAUAAAAAAAAAAUAUUUAAAAAAAGAAAAAGUAGACAAAAUUCACCAAAAAUGUCGGGCAUAUUUCGUACGCAUUCAUUGAACAGCACCAGUCACUCAACGCCGCAGAAACGCUACUCCUUUGGCGCUUUUUGCACGAGUCCGAGCACACUGAAGGAUGUUACAAUGGAGCAUUCAUAUGGUGUUGGAUUUCCGUGUGUCAGCCUACAGGGUCACGGCACGACCUCGCCGCCGGUGCAGGGUCGCUCCGUGCGCGAAUUCGAAGAGCAAAUGGCAUCGCUGCGCAAGGAGAAUUUCAAUUUGAAGCUGCGUUUAUAUUUUCUCGAAGAGAGUGUGCCCGGUUAUCAUCAAGCGAAUGCCGAGGGUCAUGAGUCGCUUAUGAAGCAGCUGAUCGAAACAAAGGUUGAAAUUGAAAUUUUACGUAAGGAACUGGAACAGAAACAGGAGUUACUGAAGGAAGCUGCGCAGGCCAUGAAUCACAUGGAGGAGAUACAGAAAGAAACUGAGAUGAAGGGGCAGGCGUUUAUUGAAGAACUCAAGCAGAAGAUACAGUUUUUGGAGAUGGAACGCGAUUUGGAUAAGACUCAGCAAAGCGGUUUUAUGAAUGAUUUGCUUGGACAUUCAGAGAUUUCGGAAAAUGUCAAUACUUUACAAAAAAUACGUGAGCUUGAGGGCAUGGUCACACAGUCGGAGAGUAAAAUUAUGUCAAUGCAAACACAGAACAACAAGUUUGAAGAGAUUAUUGCGAAGCGUGAUGAGACAAUCAAGGAAUAUGAGGAGAAAGUAAAGGAACUGGCUUUCCAAAAUGCUGAACUCUUGGAGAUGAUGGAGAACAAGGAAAAGGAUAUGGCGAAUAUUGAGCUUAAUUUGAAAAGUCUACGUCUGUGUAAUGCCGAUCUGAAGGAAGAUAACAGUAGUUUAAUUGAAGCAUUGAAGUCCACACAAGAUAACUUCCAUAAAGAGUUUUCAAAUAUGAAAGUAUGCGAAAAGCGCAUGCGCGAACAACAAGAUGCAUUAAGCCAAAUGCAACGCGAAUUAAAGGAAAAGAAAAUCGCGUUGGCCGAUAAGCUGUGUGAGUUGGACGAUACGCAACAGGAGUUAGUGAAGCUGCGCAAAAGCUAUGACACCGCCUGUCGUACGCUGCAACAAUUGCUGCAACGCGAGAAGAAUCAGCAACAAGAUGGCGGCAAUCGUGCAUUGAGCGACUCAGAGGCUUUGCAAAAUCACUUGCAGAAAUGCGAUCAUGAAAAUACGAUCAAGAAUCUUGAAGCCGAAGUCAAGAAGAAGACUGCUGCCUUGCAGAAUCUAGUCAACAAUGAACUUUGGCAAAAGAAUCGCGAAAUCGAACGCCUCACAAAACUCCUCAACGCCAAUACGACAUCACCACUCUCACCAACCGCCGCCCGCAAGAAUCUUGAGUCCCUCCAAUUGCAGCAAUCUUUCACAGAAAGUGACUACGCCAAAGCGCUGGAGCAUAACAAACUACUGCAACGUAAGGUGGAUGUGCUAAAUCAGCGUUUGAUCAGUGGACGUAGCAAUGAAGCGCUGAUCGAAGAAUUGCGCUCGGAAGCGCGCACAGCACGUGCCGAAGCCGACAAUGCAGAAACGUGUCGACGCGCCUAUGCCAAAGUCUUUGGUGCGCUAUCGGAUCGUCUCUACGAGUUGGCCGGUUUCCUCAAUUCGCUUAUGAAGCACAAGGAGGUGUUGAGCUUCCUGUCAACGGAUCGCCGACGCGCCAUGCGCACAGCCGUUGACUGCAGUCUCGAUUUGUCGACGAGCAUACGUGAGACACUGACGACGGGCGAUCAAAGCUUUGAAGGUUUAAGCAAUUUAUCGCGCCUGCUUUUGGACGACGAUGAACAUGAAGUUGUUGGACUCACCAAUAAGACAUUCAAUUCACACGAAAACAUGCCUGCGCGUCACUCCUUUGAUGUUCUGCGCUCGGAGAAUAAGGCAUUGCGUAAGAUAUUGGAUAGUCGUCGCAGUUGUGGUGGCACUGCAGACUAUACGAAGGAUGUCAAAGAUCGACGCUCAUUGCCACCAUUCUUGUUGGAUAAUCUAAGCGAAUCGGAGGCGUGGUCCGAGCCAGAUCGGCAAGUGUCGAUGGCGCGCAUUGGACUGGAGGAGCUCGGCGCGGCAGCUGCAAAUGUCUCAGCGAAGGAUGCGAUCAGCAAGCAAACACCAGCAACGGCCGACACCGACAGCGAGAGCGAAAGUGAUGCGCUGCAACAGAGCCGCACAACAAAACUGCGCAAUCAGGAGCGUAUUAUGCAGCUGGAGAAGUUGAUUGCACAGCGUGAUGAGCGCAUAUUGAUGGUGCAGUUUCAACUGGUCGAGGCGGACAACAAUUUGAAGAAGGAAUCUCUGCGUGCCAUAACGCUGACGCAAGAAGUCGAGCAGUUGCGUCAACGCAAUGAAGAAUUAAUAACCGAUCUGAUUGCGAUCGGUAGUGAGCAGUCCAACAAUAGCACCGCCGCCAACAACAGCUCGCUAAUACAGCGGCAGAUUGAUGAAAAAACGCGCGCCGUCGAACAAUUGCAAGGGGAGCGUGAUCGCAUUGCGGUGGAGGCGCGACUCGCCGAAAUGCAAGUGGGCGCGCUAAAGGCCGACAUUGAAGACAUCAAGCAGAAGUAUGAAAUACAAUUGAAGUUGGCCAGCGAAAAAGAGCGUAAGCGCUUGGAUACACUAAAGCAUGAAUUGGAGGAGCUGAUGCAACAACGCCUGAAGGAACAGGAGCGCAUACACAAAGACAUGUUGACGCGUGAAUGGACUACGCGCACCACUUACGAAGAAUGCAAAGCGCAACUAACCGAAUUGCAGACACAAUACAUUGAGUCACAACGCACCAUCGACUAUCUGACGGACAACGAGCAAGAGCUCAAACAAACGCUGAUCACCAGCGAAAUGGAAGUGCGCAGCCUCAAAAAGCAAUUGGAUGAAAGCGUACUGCAAGCAUCCAAAUUUAUUACCGAACGUACAAAACUGUGCAAUGAGAAGUUGCAAUUGGAGAAACGUUUAAUGGACUUGCAACAACAGCUGAGCGCUGCUGAAAUACAACACACGACCACAACACAGCGUGUCACAGAACUGGAAGCACUGCAGCAAACAUUAAGCGAACAAUUGGCGCAAGCACAAGCAGCCUUGGCAGCUAAACGUUUGAAUGCCAGCGAUGCAUCACAGUCGGGCUAUGCCUCGGACGAAGUGCAGAAGUCGAGCACGAAACGUGAAAGCAAUUCGUCGCCCGAUUUGGGUAUACACAGCGAUACGGGACGUGUGUCGAGUGUGGAAUUGUCCAAUUUGCAGCACUCGCUGCUAAAGACUGUGCCCAUGCCGAGCGCUGGUGAGAAGGUCACGAAGGAAGAUAUCAAAUACAGCAAACAGGAUAAGAGCAACAUGAACGCAUUCGCGAGCAAACGCCCACAACACAGUUCAUCCUCUGAUCUGGGUAUUGAGAGCGAUACGGGACGCAUCUCCAGCAUGGAUAUCAAAAAUGAAUCCCCAACCCGCACAGAGACGGAUGACAGCAACACAGAGAAUAAGAUGAGUGUGGCCAAUGUAAAUAGUGCCACCACCGCCAACGCAGGCACUCACCCCAUACACGAUUGCAUUAAGGUAGAACAAGAAAAUGCCGAAUUGCGACGCAAACUCGUACAAACGAAGCGCGCAUUCGAAGAGACAUAUAAGAAAUUGCACGUAGCAAAUCAGCGUAAAGAAACCUUCCAGAAAGAGAUUAAAGAUCAAAUACUAAAAACGAAAAAUGUACUAAAAUAUGCGCGCCUACAUAUGGCUAAAGUGCAGCAACCUAAUGCACCGCAUCAUCAUCAAACAGAUGCACAUGAGCAAGAAACACAACAACACCAACAACAGCAAAAACAACAUCAUCAUCAGCAACAACAACAGCAACGUAAUGUAACAAAUGAUGGUGGCGCCAGCACGUCAAAAUCAAGUAGUGAUGCACCGCAUUAAUGUGUUAUUAUUGUUUUUGGAUAGUUCAACCAAAUACACACACUCACGCACACACAAACAGCGAGAUUACUAAAUUAUAGCGCAUAGUGAAUGUAACUAAAUGAUAUGUACAACAAAAAAAACGCUCAUGCAGACAAUUAAUUGCAAUUGCACCCACAUCACAUUAACCACACACGCACACAAAUAUAUUUACAUUAUUUACAUUACAUACCUAUAUGCUAAUUUAGACGAAUAUUAGUUUAUUUAGCGCUUAAAUGCAUAGUUAUUAAGCUAAUUUUGUAGCAUUUAAGCACUUUACCCAUAUAUACAUACAUACAUAUAUCUAAAGACAGUUAUUUUUGUUAUUGUUUCAUUUUUGCUAUUCAAUAUAUUCACAAUGUAUUUAUUUAUAGAAUUUGUUGUAUGUAUGUAAACAUGUUAUUCGCGCAUUACUUUAAGUAAUUAAUUAAUUAACUUCAUAUUUCCAUUAGCACGACAUACACACUUACAUAUAUUAAUUAACAAAAUGUCCCUACAAAAUUAGUUUAUAUUUAUAAUAAUAUUAUUUUAGUAUAGUGAACGCCCCAUAUUUUUGCUUAAAUGUUUUAAGUUUUUGAAUUAAUUUUCAGAAAUAAGCAUGUUGUUAAAAAUUGUAUAAAAAAACAAAAUAAUUUUAUGCAAUUACAAAAAAAUCAACCCUGUUUUUGAAACGUUUUGGUUUUUAAGUAAAUGAGGCCCAGUAGUGUUUAAAAAAUUGCAAAAUCUUUUAUUAUUAUU